CUUUGAAACUCUCCAUUCUACAAAUCUUCUCCUCGUGAAGAAGCUCUAAUCGACAAUCGACAAUGGCUGCCACCACCGAGAAUCUCCCCCGGCUCAAAUCCGCCGUCGAUGGCCUUACCGAAAUGAGUGAGAAUGAGAGGAGCGGAUUCAUCAACCUCGUCUCACGCUACCUCAGAUGUUUCCGAGACCAAGAAUCUGUUGGACAAACUUGUUGUCUUAAAGCUUAAUGGAGGUCUUGGGACAACAAUGGGAUGCACUGGCCCUAAGUCGGUUAUCGAAGUUCGUGAUGGUUUGACAUUUCUCGAUCUUAUUGUUAUCCAGAUCGAGAAUCUCAACAACAAGUAUGGCUGCAAAGUCCCAUUGGUUCUCAUGAACUCGUUUAAUACACAUGAUGACACACAAAAGGUACUAAUUAAGUACACCAACUCAAAUGUUGACAUUCACACUUUUAACCAGAGCAAAUAUCCCCGUGUUGUGGCAGAUGAGUUUGUGCCAUGGCCCAGCAAGGGAAAGACCGACAAGGAUGGCUGGUAUCCUCCGGGUCAUGGUGAUGUAUUCCCAUCCCUGAUGAACAGUGGAAAGCUCGAUGCUUUCUUAUCACAGGGUAAAGAAUAUGUGUUCGUUGCCAAUUCAGACAACUUGGGUGCUAUCGUUGACUUAACAAUCUUGAAGCACUUGAUCCAGAACAAGAAUGAAUACUGUAUGGAGGUUACACCCAAAACCUUAGCUGAUGUAAAAGGUGGAACUCUCAUUUCUUAUGAAGGCAAAGUUCAGCUUUUGGAGAUUGCUCAGGUUCCUGAUGAACAUGUCAAUGAGUUCAAAUCCAUUGAGAAGUUCAAGAUAUUCAACACAAACAACUUAUGGGUUAACUUGAAGGCCAUUAAAAAGCUUGUGGAAGCUGAUGCACUUAAAAUGGAGAUCAUCCCUAACCCAAAGGAAGUCGAUGGAGUGAAAGUUCUUCAACUGGAAACUGCAGCUGGUGCUGCAAUAAGGUUCUUUGACAAUGCCAUUGGUGUUAAUGUACCUCGCUCACGGUUCUUGCCAGUGAAGGCAACUUCAGACUUGUUGCUCGUCCAGUCUGAUCUCUACACCCUAGUUGAUGGCUUCGUCACCAGAAACAGUGCUAGAACCAACCCCUCGAAUCCAUCGAUUGAAUUGGGACCCGAGUUCAAGAAGGUGUCUAAUUUCCUGAGCUGGUUUAAGUCCAUCCCUAGUAUAGUCGAACUCGACAGCCUUAAGGUGUCUGGUGAUGUCUCCUUUGGCUCUUCAGUUGUUCUCAAGGGGAAGGUAACUGUGACUGCAAAAUCCGGGGUAAAACUGGAAAUCCCCAACGGGGCUGUGGUCGAGAACAAGGACAUCAAUGGUCCCGAGGACCUCUGAAUAAGACACAUUCAGAGUCUUCUUCCCUUUCUCAUGGAAGACACAUAGUGAUACACUGAUACUCCAUUCGUUUAUGAAAAAUAAUAAUUAAUUUUGAUAUUUAAAUUCUCCACAAGUACGAUCUCAAGUUUGAGUUUGUUCUGGUUCUUUCUUUCCACCAUCAUUUUGUUCUCUUUGAUAACCGACUAUUUG